UGCACAACAGGGAGAAAAUUAAAGCUGCACUGAACGAGCUUCCUUCCACCCCUAAAAAAAAAAGCAACCCUCAAGGAGGCAAAGCCUACUACUAGGCUGAUGCCGAGAGAGCAAAGGAAGGAAAGGCAGCAGCUAGCAGCAACCACCAAAGAGGGCGAAUCCUCCCUGUGCUUCAUUGGUUCUGGCUCUUCCUCCUCUCGUCUCCUUGCUCCAUCCAGAUACAUGGAGUAGCUGCUGCUGUGUUUUUUUUUUCUUUCUGAAUUUUCACCCCACAUCUCCUUGUAGUUUGUUCAUUUCUUCUUCCUCCCACCUACCUACUCCCCCAACCACACGCACCUUCUCUCACUGUGUAUGUCACUGGCAUUGGUAAGAGCCCGUUUAGUUGCAAAAAAGAAAAAUUUUGCCCCAGCUCUCGGCAAUUAUUGCCACCCUUGGAGUUUGGAGUCCUCCAAUAGGAGUCUCCUCCUGUGCUGUCUGCCACCACUGUCCCUCCCUCUCCUUCCAUCUCCGACCUUCCUGCUCGCUCGCUCGGGCCUUUCCUCCUCUCUACGGGGACGCUGCGUCCCGCCAGCAGCCAUCCAUCCAUCCAUCCAUCCGUGUCCUCAGUCCUUGGACCUUGACUCCUUGUCCUCCCCUCCGCUCCUCUCCCCUCGCUUUAAACCCCCCACUGCAGCUGGCUCGCUCCCUGAUCUCUUCCUUCCCCGCCUUCCUCAGCUCCCCUUGGUGGCGGGUGCCGCCUGCUGUUCUUGGAUUCUUAAUUGCAUGCUGUCGCAGCUGCUGUGAUCUCUCUCUCUCUCUCUCUCUCUCUCUCCAUUUCUGCUCCUCAUCCAUUCCUUUUCCCGCCCCUCCUGUCCUCCUCCCGGAGCUUUUGCUCGCAAUCAGCUUUUCUUUUUGGUCCCUUCCUUACUCUUCGGGGGAGCAGCAAUUCAGUUGUCUCCGACGACCUGUGCUUCCUUCGCUGCAGGCGGUCGCAGUUUCCUUUCAAGCAGCCAUCGCUAGCCAGGGCGAGCUAGCUGCAAACCAGCCGGCAGGGCCGCCCUUCUCUGUGCGUCCCGAUAGAAGAGAAGAUCCCGAGACACGCAGCGGUGGUCUUGCCAUGGACUGGGACGCCAAGAUGCUCCCUGCGUGGGACCUGGGCACGGUAGUCGGCCCCAGCAGCGGGGUCGGUGUCGUCGCGGCCGCCGGCUCCAGCGGAGGCGGGGCGCUGGACCUGAAGCUGGGCGGGCCAACGAGCUGGAGGGCGGGGGCCCUGGCGCCGGUGCCCGCCCCGUUGCCGUCGCCGCCCGCGCCGCCGCGGCCGUCGUCGUCCGCGCCGGUGAAGCGGCCGCGCCCGGGACAGGCGCAGCAGGCGGUGCCGGCGUGCUCCGUGGUGGGCUGCGCGGCGGACCUGUCCAAGGGCCGCGACUACCACCGCCGGCACAAGGUCUGCGAGGCGCACUCCAAGACGCCCGUCGUCACCGUCGCCGGCCAGCAGCAGCGCUUCUGCCAGCAGUGCAGCAGGUUUCAUUCGCUUGGUGAGUUCGAUGACACGAAGAGGAGCUGCAGGAAGCGCCUUGAUGGGCACAAUCGGCGGCGCCGCAAGCCGCAGCCGGACCCUCUCAACCCCGGAGGCUUGUUUGCUAACCAUCAUGGAGUGGCAAGAUUCACAUCGUACCCACAGCUCUUCGCUUCAUCCAUGGCAGAUCCCAAAUGGCCGGUCGUGAAGACGGAGGCUGACAUUUUCCAAGACCAUUACUACCCGCCCUUCCACCUCAACGGUGCCGGCUCCCUCUUCCACGGCAAGGACCGGAAGCACUUGCCUUUCCUGACCGACCACCACCAUGGCGGUGACGCGGCAGGGGCCUUCGCCAGCCAGCCCUUCACGAUCACCACCGCUUCCUCAGAGGGCAGCAGCAAGCAUAGCAACGGCAACUGUGCUCUCUCUCUUCUGUCAGACAACCCGACACGGGCACAGACGACGACCAUGAUCCCCACCGCGCAGCCCCUCGGCGCGGCGCUGCAGUACGGCGGCGCAGCACGGCUCCCCGACGGCGGCGACGUCUCGCUCACCGGUAUGUCCUACGCGAACGCGAGGGUGGGAGACAGCAAGCAAGCAUCCAUUCUGAGCACAUCGACCAGCCACACUGCAGUUGCUUCUCCUGGCCCUGGUACGCAGCUGCAGUACCAUGGCUAUUACCAUGUGAGUGGUGGCGAUCAGGGCAACAACCCAGAUGGUGCGGCCAUUCAGGCUAUACCUUUCUCAUCGUGGUAGGCCAGUUCUGAUCAAUCAGGUGCUAGGUAGUCGCUUUUGUUGUUCACCAAAUAUAUCGGUUGUAAUACUAAUACCAGUAGUCUUAUCAUACUGAAAACUUGGACAAGCCCUGUCCAUUCUUUCAGCUUAUCCUGAUAGUUCUAAUUUAUGGACAUCCCUUAAACUAUGAUCCAGAAUAGUGUAAAUGGGUAGUAUUUUUCAUAGCCUACGCAGUUGAAUUUGUGAAAUUUUGGGGAUAAUUCUGUUUA